GGAGUGGGGGGGGGGGGCGCCCAGAAGGGAGGGAGAAUGUCUUGUUUGUGGCUUGUCAGCAAUUGCUUGAGACAAGCUUCCAUGUGUGAAAGCUACUUGGCAUGAAUGCCUGGGCCGUACCAAGUGUCACCGCAGCAAGAGGGGGAGUCAGAAGAAAAACAGAUCAGACCAGAGCAGACAAUAGGCCCCUAAAGUGUUCCCCCUAAGUUGCUUUGAUGUUGUCCUAGUGUCUUGAUACCAGGAGGCCGGGGAUUGCAGGAAAAGGGCCUUUUUUGUCUUCAUUCACUUUCCCCCCUCAGUUUCUGAAAUGAUUCUCCAGAAUUUCUCCUCAUAAAAAAGGACUCAAUGUGGGACUAGCUGGUGUCACUCCACUUUGACCUAAAAAUUCCCUUCUGUUUGGGAGGCAGAGCUCAUUCUUGGAAAGUUCUUCCGUGUCCCAAUGUAGAAGAGAGAGCAGAUCGGACAUCUCGAAAGGUGAGGGUCACCUUUGAGAAAGGGGUUCCCGGACUCCCCCAGCUCCUCACCUCCAGGAUGAGCACUGCGGUAUCGUGACCCUUGGGGUUUCGUGUGCCCUGGAGAUGCGAGAUUUUCCUUUGGCAGCAGGAGGCACACACCCAGAGGAUGCCGGAGCUGCAAGGGGAAAGGACCCACUUCCACAGCAGAGAAAAGCAAAGAGGAAAAAGGCAUACAGGUGGCCAGCGCUGAGGGCCGCGCCCAGCAAGCCGCCGGCCGCCGCCACUGCCCUCAGCAGCUGUCUGUGCUGCAGCCCGAGAGGAACUCGGUGAGCCCGUCCCUGUUUGUGACUGCACGCUCAGGAUUUCAAUCAAUGCAUUCCAGUAACCCCAAAGUGAGGAACUCUCCAUCAGGAAACACACAGAGUAGCCCUAAGUCAAAGCAGGAGGUGAUGGUCCGUCCCCCUACAGUGAUGUCCCCAUCUGGAAACCCCCAGCUGGAUUCCAAAUUCUCCAAUCAGGGUAAACAGGGGGGCUCAGCCAGCCAAUCCCAGCCAUCCCCCUGUGACUCCAAGAGUGGGGGCCAUACCCCUAAAGCACCCCCUGGCCCAGGUGGGAGCAUGGGGCUGAAGAAUGGGGCUGGAAAUGGUGCCAAGGGCAAGGGGAAAAGGGAGCGAAGUAUUUCCGCCGACUCCUUUGAUCAGAGAGAUCCUGGGACUCCAAACGAUGACUCUGACAUUAAAGAAUGUAAUUCUGCUGACCACAUAAAGUCCCAGGAUUCCCAGCACACGCCACACUCGAUGACCCCGUCAAAUGCUACGGCCCCCAGGUCUUCCACCCCCUCCCAUGGCCAGACUACUGCCCCAGAGCCCACACCUGCUCAGAAGACUCCCGCCAAAGUGGUGUAUGUGUUUUCUACUGAGAUGGCCAAUAAAGCUGCGGAAGCUGUGUUGAAGGGCCAGGUUGAAACUAUCGUCACUUUCCACAUCCAGAACAUCUCUAACAGCAAGACAGAGCGAAGCACAGCCCCUCUGGUAGGCCAUUCUGGAAGUGGAGUGUGGUUUAAAGGCUCUACAGCAGCUGUACAGAACACACAGAUAUCUGCCCUUCGGAAUGAUCCGAAACCCCUCCCACCACAGCCCCCAGCUCCUGCCAGCCAGGACCAGAAUUCUUCCCAGAAUACCAGGCUGCAGCCGACCCCGCCCACUCCGGCACCAGCACCCAAGCCUGCUGCACCCCCGCGUCCUCUGGACCGGGACAGUCCUGGUGUAGAAAACAAACUGAUCCCUCCUGGGGGCAGCCCCGCCAGCUCCACGCCACUGCCCCCAGACGGUACUGGGCCGAACUCGACACCCAAUAACCGAGCAGUGACCCCUGUCUCCCAGGGGAGCAGUAGCUCUUCAGCAGAUCCCAAAGCCGCCCCACCUCCACCAGCGUCCAGUGGCGAGCCCCCCGCGCUGGGAGAGAACCCCGAUGGCCUGUCUCAGGAGCAGCUGGAGCACCGGGAGCGCUCCUUACAAACGCUCCGAGAUAUCCAACGGAUGCUUUUCCCCGACGAGAAAGAAUUCACAGGAGGACAAAGUGGGGGACCCCAGCAGAACACUGGGGUAUUAGAUGGACCUCAGAAAAAACCAGAAGGGCCGAUACAGGCCAUGAUGGCUCAAUCCCAAAGCCUAGGGAAGGGACCUGGGCCCCGGACAGAUGUGGGAGCUCCAUUUGGCCCUCAAGGACAUAGAGAUGUGCCCUUUUCUCCGGAUGAAAUGGUUCCACCUUCCAUGAACUCCCAGUCUGGGCCCAUGGGACCUGACCACCUGGACCACAUGACCCCCGAGCAGAUAGCUUGGCUGAAGCUGCAGCAGGAGUUUUACGAGGAGAAAAGGAGGAAGCAGGAGCACGCUGUUGUGCAGCAGUGCUCCCUCCAGGACAUGAUGGUCCAUCAGCAUGGGCCUCGGGGCGUGGGCCGAGGGCCUCCCCCUCCAUACCAGAUGGCCCCCGGUGAAGGCUGGGGGCCGGGGGGCGCAGAGCCCUUUGCUGAUGGGAUCAGCAUGCCUCAUUCUCUGCCCCCGAGGGGCAUGGCUCCCCACCCCAACAUGGCAGGGAGCCAGAUGCGCCUCCCUGGGUUUGCGGGAAUGAUCAACUCUGAAAUGGAGGGACCGAACGUCCCCAACCCAGCAUCGAGACCGGGUCUUUCUGGAGUCAGUUGGCCAGACGAUGUGCCAAAAAUCGCAGACGGUCGAAACUUCCCGCCUGGCCAGGGUGUCUUCAGUGGUCCUGGCCGAGGGGAACGCUUCCCAAACCCCCAAGGAUUGUCCGAAGAGAUGUUUCAACAGCAGCUGGCGGAGAAGCAGCUGGGCCUCCCCCCGGGGAUGAGCAUGGAAAGCAUCAGGCCCAGCAUGGAGAUGAACAGGUUGAUCCCCGGCUCCCAGCGACACAUGGAGCCUGGGAGCAGUCCCAUUUUCCCUCGAAUACCCGUCGAGGGCCCUCUGAGUCCCUCUCGGGGCGACUUUCCAAAAGGAAUGCCCCCGCAGAUGGGCCCUGGUCGGGAACUGGAGUUUGGGAUGGUUCCCGGUGGGAUGAAGGGAGAUGUCAGUCUGAACGUCAACAUGGGAUCCAACCCUCAGAUGAUACCUCAGAAGAUGAGAGAGGCUGGGACGGGCCCUGAGGAGAUGAUGAAGUUACGCCCGGGUGGCACAGACGUGCUGUCUGCUCAGCAGAAGAUGGUGCCCCUGCCGUUUGGGGAGCACCCCCAGCAAGAAUACGGCAUGGGCCCCAGGCCGUUUCUCCCCAUGUCUCAGGGUCCAGGCAGCAACAGUGGCUUGCGGAGUCUCAGAGAACCAGUCGGGCCCGACCAAAGGACUAACAGCCGGCUCAGUCAUAUGCCAGCACUACCUCUCAACCCUUCCAGUAACCCCACUAGCCUCAACACCGCUCCUCCAGUGCAGCGUGGCCUGGGGCGGAAGCCCUUGGAUAUAUCUGCGGCAGGCAGCCAGGGGCACUCCCCAGGCAUCAACCCUCUGAAGUCUCCCACGGUGUGCCAAGUCCAGUCACCAAUGCUGGGCUCGCCCUCGGGGAACCUCAAGUCCCCCCAGACUCCAUCGCAGCUGGCAGGCAUGCUGGCGGGCCCGGCUGCUGCUGCGUCCAUUAAGUCCCCCCCCGUCUUGGGGUCUGCUGCUGCUUCGCCUGUUCACCUCAAGUCUCCAUCACUUCCUGCCCCGUCACCUGGAUGGACCUCCUCUCCAAAACCUCCCCUCCAGAGUCCCGGGAUCCCUCCAAACCAUAAAGCACCCCUCACCAUGGCCUCCCCAGCCAUGCUGGGCAGUGUAGAGUCAGGUGGCCCCCCACCUCCUACAGCCAGCCAGUCUGCCUCUGUGAAUAUCCCUGGAAGUCUUCCCUCUAGUACACCUUACACCAUGCCUCCCGAGCCAACCCUUUCCCAGAACCCACUGUCUAUUAUGAUGUCUCGAAUGUCCAAGUUCGCAAUGCCCAGUUCUACCCCUUUAUACCACGACGCCAUCAAGACUGUGGCCAGCUCCGAUGACGACUCCCCUCCAGCUCGCUCUCCCAACUUGCCAUCAAUGAAUAAUAUGCCAGGGAUGGGCAUUAAUACACAGAAUCCUCGAAUUUCAGGUCCAAACCCCGUGGUUCCGAUGCCAACCCUCAGCCCAAUGGGAAUGACCCAGCCGCUCUCUCACUCCAAUCAGAUGCCCUCUCCGAAUGCCAUGGGACCCAACAUACCUCCUCAUGGGGUCCCGAUGGGGCCUGGCUUGAUGUCACACAAUCCUAUCAUGGGGCAUGGGUCCCAGGAGCCUCCGAUGGUACCUCAAGGACGGAUGGGUUUCCCCCAGGGCUUCCCGCCAGUACAGUCUCCUCCACAGCAAGCUCCGUUCCCUCACAACGGCCCCAGUGGGGGGCAGGGCAGCUUCCCAGGAGCUAUGGGUUUCCCAGGAGAAGGCCCCCUUGGCCGCCCCAGCACCCUGCCCCAGAGUUCAGCAGAUGCAGCACUUUGCAAGCCUGGAGGCCCCGGGGGUCCCGACUCCUUCGCCGUCCUGGGGAACAGCAUGCCUUCGGUGUUUACAGACCCAGACCUGCAGGAGGUCAUCCGACCUGGAGCCACCGGAAUCCCGGAGUUUGAUCUGUCUCGCAUUAUUCCAUCUGAGAAGCCUAGCCAGACACUGCAAUAUUUCCCUCGAGGGGAAGUCCCAGGCCGUAAACAGCCCCAGGGGCCUGGGCCUGGGUUUUCGCACAUGCAGGGGAUGAUGGGCGAACAGGCCCCCAGAAUGGGACUAGCAUUACCUGGCAUGGGAGGGCCAGGGCCAGUGGGAACUCCGGACAUCCCUCUUGGCACGGCUCCAUCCAUGCCAGGCCACAACCCAAUGAGACCACCAGCCUUUCUCCAGCAAGGCAUGAUGGGACCUCACCAUCGGAUGAUGUCACCAGCACAAUCUACAAUGCCCGGCCAGCCUACCCUGAUGAGCAAUCCGGCUGCCGCCGUGGGCAUGAUUCCCGGCAAGGAUCGGGGGCCUGCUGGGCUCUACACCCACCCUGGGCCUGUGGGCUCCCCAGGCAUGAUGAUGUCCAUGCAGGGCAUGAUGGGACCCCAACAGAACAUCAUGAUCCCCCCACAGAUGAGGCCCCGGGGCAUGGCCGCUGACGUGGGCAUGGGUGGAUUCAGCCAAGGACCUGGCAACCCAGGAAACAUGAUGUUUUAAGCUGCUAAGAUUGGAUGUGCCGAUCCUUGUCAAGAUGAGAUUCUGGGUCCUGAGAGCUGCCUUGAGGGAGUUCCGGGAGUGCUGUUGGUCAGGCAAUAGGAGAGCAGAGACCCGAGGGCUGCUUUGGGGGAGGGGGGAACUCGAGAAUGUAUGGAUUUACCUGAAAACAAAUGAUUCAUUUAAUCAACAGGUGUGUUUUUUUUAAGAUUUAUUUUUUAAAAAUUAUUUUUGUGGACUUGGGUAUCCCAUGAUGGCACCUACUUUUGGGAAUCUGUAGCCUGUGCUUCGAGAAUUGCCAUCGGUCAUGUGUUGCACCGUUCUCUGUAUGUUUACGUCCUUUGGACUGGCUUCUCCCAGGAUUCUUUUCUGGUUUUGUUUUUGUUUUUUUGUUUUGUUUCGUUUUUUUGUUUUUGUUUGUUUUUUUAUUUGCUUUGGGCUUUAUUUUUUUGUGUACUGUACUAUAUUGUAAAAGGGAUUUUAGCAGAGACUUUAGUCUUUGGGACAAGAGGAGAACAGGAAUGCUGGGCCGUUUACUUUAGGUGGAGAAUCCGUCUUCAGACCUUUGGACUAUUUUCUUUCAACUCCAGUGUAUAGAAAAAAACCAAACUACGACCUCAGAGCAGAGUAUUAAUGAAAAGCACAAAAAAAGGAACUAAGUUCAGCGAGGGGUGGGGGGAGGGGGGAGAUUUUUCUUUUCAAAAAUAAUGAAGCUUAGGACGUUUGUUUUUCGGUUCGAGUGCUCUCCGGCACGGUCUGUCUCUUCCAGUCUGCAAACCCACCUUCACGUUUUUCUCUCAGUUUCCCUCUCCUCCCCGCCCCUCCACCCUGCCCUCAUCUCCUUGGUUAAGUGUAUCUCCUUCUCCCGUGCCCCCGCCCCCAACUGGUGACCCCUGCUUUCCUCCUCUUUCCCUUUGGCAGCUGCAAUACACGGUGUUCUUUUGGGGAAGUAAAUCUAAUGAAAGCCUCGCCUUCCAGGCUGAGCGUCGUCCCGGUUCCGCGAGGGAAAGGCCUGUGCUUGGGAUGCUCGGCGGUCUUCUGCUCCCUUUCUCUUCUUCCCCAACACGCCCUUCCCUGCCCACCUUGUUUUCUGUUCUCCUUUUCUUAGGAAUUCCCAAGUGAAUUUUAUCGAUGUGGGAGUGGAACAGAUGCUAAAAGCUAUCCAGGAUUUCGUUUUUGUUUUUGUUUUUAAUUUUGUGGUUCCUCCCCUGCCCUCCCCCUCCCAUGCGUAAAACGUUCUGUGUAACCUCCAUUAAAUUUGGUACAAAACCACUCACCAGAGCUGUGGUGUCAGAAAAAUAAAAUAUAUUGUUUCUUACAAAAUCCAAUUGCCUUUUUUG